UAGACUCGCCCGUCUACAGCUAUGUGAGUGAAUGGACCUGAAAAAAAGGUUAAUACAGUACAUAAUAUUUCGUAUAAUUUUUCUUUCGCGAUGGCUGCUGAAUUCAAAAUUAAGAAAAAACCCACUUUCAGGAGUAUUUUGCUGCAUAUUAAGAAAAAUUUGACUAAAGAGGAUCGAAAGGAUUUGGUGUAUUUAAAACAAUUACCCAAGAAGGAUACAGAAGAAUGUGAGCAAGAUUUCUACCAUUUUCUUGAUUACAUGUCGAACAGACCAAACGAUUUUGGUUAUGGCGAGGACGAUCCAUGGGAACUGUUUGAAGACCUGAAUGAGAUUGGACGUCAGGAUAUAUGCAACACAGUCAUGCAGAAGUAUGAAGAGCUUAAACAGUACAAGGAUUCUCAGACAAGAAGCCAAGGACAAGGAUCUACAAGCCCUUGUGGAUCAGGAACUCCUGCUCCAAACCCGCCGUCUCCUGGAUUACCUGUUGUGGGUAGUAAUAUUAGCCAAGGUCCUAUUCCAUCCCCAAGCACACCCCUAGGUCAGCUUCCUGCAUAUUAUCCAGUCUCUCCACCACACAACAGCCCAAGAUAUCAUCAAGGUGGUACUUCACCUGGAGCAAUUGCUUAUGAACCACCAUGCAAAGUCCCAGGCUCACAGUUUCAGGGUUCAACACCGGAAGCUUUCCCUACCACUUCACCUAGAGCAACAUCUUUUGAACCACCAUGCAAGGUUCCAGGCUCACAGUUUCAGGGUUCAACACCGGCAGCUUCCCCUACCACUUCACCUAGAGCAACAGCUUAUGAUCCACCAUGCAAAGUCCCUGGCUCACAGUCACAGGGUUCAACACCAGCAGCUUCUCCUACUAGUGGAAACCCACAACAGAGCUCAGCAUUAAGCCCAAAUCCUGGUGCUGGGACUACUUCUAGUCAUGGAUUAAAGAGCACAGAGCCAUUGCCACCAAUGCCAAGCAAUGUCGUCCAAAUGCAAGGUUUACCCAGUGACCAGUCAUCUGUUGGAGUGGUCCAUGCCAACAUUGGUCAAGAUGUCAGUUCAGUUAGUUUACCGAGAUCUCUAAAAAUCAAUGAACCUGUGGGUAAUCCUGCGGCUGUUGAUCAUGGCUUGAAGAGCUCAGAGCCACUCCGAACAAUGCAAAGUAGUAUGGAACCAGGGCAAGGUAAGCCUGCUUCAGCUACCCCUGCUCAUCCGUCUCCUGCUAACUCAAACUCAGUCAUCAGUACAGCAUCGCCACUUACGAGCAACGAUCCAGCUGAAAUUGGCCAUUCAGGUAAUGCUAAUGCUGAGCAGCUUUCACAUUCCAGUUCAGGAUCAAUGAUAAGUUCAGCAAGAUCCUUGCGCACUAGUGAUGAACAAGCAGCUUCACAGAUACAGAUUCGAGCACCUUCCUCUCUGCGGGCUGCUGGUAACAUGAAACACACCCUAGAAUAUGUGAUCCAACCAUCCUCAACACCUGAUCAUCUAAGGGAUGUUAUCCAAAGACUUCUCCUUGAACUCAGUCUCAUUGAGGAAGAGGAGAUUGGGACGAGUGUUAAGAGUAAUCCAAGCCAACAACAGCCUGUCAUUGGUGAAGGCGACACGGUAAGAGAUUGUGCAAAUGCACCUUCUAGAGCAGAGGUUCUCCCAGCAGAUGUUGUCAGAGAUUCUGCAUCAGAUCCAGAGCAAGUAGGUGAAUCUGCAGCAGGGGCACUUGAUUCUUCCAUUCUUGACUUCCCUCAACCUCCAACAGACAAGAAGGUUAUAUUGAGAGGCUACCAGGUGGAAUUAGCUGACCCAGGACUCCAAGGUGUCAACUAUGUAAUCUGUGCUCCAACGGGGUCAGGAAAGACCAUCACAGCAGCUCAAAUUUGCUACAAAAAUAUGAUGAAAAUGAAGGAAGCUGGCAAAGAAGAUGACUUCAAAGCCAUCUUCAUUGUUCCUACAAGGCACUUGAAGAAGCAGCAGCGAGAUUGCUUCCAAGAUCUUUUCGUUUCAGGGCAGGUUACAUCACUUGCGGAAGGGCAGAUGUUCCGUGAUGCCUUAGGGAAAGGUAAUGUAAGAGUCUUGAUGAUAACUGCCCAGGUGUUAGUGAAUGCCCUGACUCAGAAUGAAUUCAAGCUACCUGAAGUGUCUAUGCUGAUAUUUGAUGAAUGUCACCACACCACCCUGAACCAUCCUUACAAUGAAAUCAUGCGACAUUACAUGAUGGAGAAGAAAGCUGUUCUAGUUCAGCAAGGAAUACCUGAAGAGCAGUGGCCUGUAGGACAGCCUGUAAAACGUCCCCAAGGAGGAAUACCCCAGGUGGUUGGGCUAACUGCAUCGGUUGGUACAGGCACUUCUGAUGAUGCACAUGGUCACAUUGUUACGCUAUGUGCAAACUUGGAUAGCUCUGAAGUCAAGAUUGUCACCGAGCCAGAAAAUGUGCAAGAAAUGAAGCAAUGCAACAAGACGCCUGAAGAGGAUCGGAUAAUUCCAGUCCCUAAGAGAGAGUUAACCCCAGAAAGUUCCCGUUUUAUUAAAAUUCUGGAAACCGUCAUGGGAGAGAUUAAGGAGAACGUCCUUAACAAGCACCAGGAUGACUUCACCUCAAAAGGCAUCGCAUUCUACUCCCCAGCAUAUGGAACUCAAGAGUACGAGAACUGGAUUGCCAAGAUUCGUGCCUGUGCAGAGCUUCGCUUCCCCAACCUUGAAAUCUGUGCCAAUUAUCUGUUCCGUCUAAACCUAGCCUUACUGCUGUACAAUGAUUUACGUGCUAAGGAUGCACUAGAAUCUAUGGAGAUCUUCAAGCUACAGACAAAGGGGAAACAGGAUGAACUAAGGGAUGGGCGACACUGUAGGAUGAUCUAUGAGAAGAACUUGCAGGAGCUGACGGAACUAGCAAGUAAGGAGAAUCCGUUGUCUAAUCCCAAGUUACUCUGUCUACAUGAGAUGAUCAAGAGGGUGUAUAGCAAGGAACCGGAAUCAAAAGGGAUUGUGCUAGCAAGGACACGUUUUGCAACAUAUGCCUUGCUGAAUUUCAUCAAAGAUUCUGAAGAACUGAAGAAACUCAGACCUCCAAUUCAGCCAGUCCGAAUAGUCGGACAGAGCAGAGAGAUUGAUCAAGGACUAACACUAACAAGACAAGAAGCUGCGUUAGAUGCCUUCAAAAGCGCAGAUCAAGCUAAUCCCGGUGGGGUCACUCGGGGAGCUAAUCUCCUUGUGGCCACUGAUAUUGUCCAGGAAGGUUUGGAUAUUCCUGCUUGCAACGUAAUCAUCAGGUACAACUUUGUCAGCAAUGAGAUUGGAACGGUGCAAGCAAAGGGACGAGCAAGAAAAGAAGGAUCCAAAUGCUAUCUCAUCGUUGAGAGGGGAUCAGUUAAUGAAGCAAGAGAACACAAGAACAGAGAGAGGGUUACGGAGAUGGAUAAAGCGAUUCGGGAAGCAAACGCCUUACCAAAACAUGUGUGGCAUCAAGAAAUACGUCAGAGGCAGCUGACCAUCAUUAGGGACAUUGAGGAGAAAGAAGAAAGGGAGAGAAUCCAGCAAGAGGAGAGCCAGCAUGUAGAUGUCAAGCUUCUGUGCCGCGGCAAUGACUGUGGGAAAUUCAUCUGCAAAUCAUCUGACCUGGAGAGGAGACUAUCCAACUACACCUGUCGUGACCCCACUAUAAUUGCUGACAGGACAAGCAUUGUUCGAACCAGUGGUAUGACUUUUAAAGAGUCCAGAAGAAUCGGCAUUUUGGAAUGCAAAUGUGGUAACCAGCUUGGACAAGUCUUGGAGUUCAAGCGUCAGGAUGAAUGGAAACUUGGAUAUAACCUGAGCCCAAAGAGCUUCUUCUUCAUGUACAAUGAUGACCCAGACAGCAAGCGAGUCUUUGCCAAGUGGAAGAAGGUGGAUUUUCAUAUUGCUUCGGAGAUGAGAAGCAGUAAUCAAGUGGUUGAUCCUUAAAUUGGACACUCUUGCUACGCCCAGGAAAAUGUUGUUGAUGUCGAGUUGAUAAGUCACAAGGUAUAGGGUUUGAUUCCGUCCCACGGACAGAUUUUAAUCAACGUCUACGAUUGCGACACUUUUCCUAUAGGUGAACUAAUUGUGUACCUGGUAGGAUGUAUUCCAUAAAUGCACUGAGAGCUACGAUUAUCGUAGCUAGAGCCGGGGUAAUAAUAUACAAAUAUUGACUGCUUUAAGGGGCAUGGUUAUAAUUAUUUCCCAAGGUGAUCUCAAAACUGUACUGAGACCUGAGAUGAAGUUGAGGGGCAUAUAGUACAGUCUUGAGAUCACAGAGGAGCUAUAAUUUUAACCUUUGACCACAAAAUGAGCAGUCGAUAUUUGUUUGAUAUACUGCAUCCCAAUGUCUAAAAAGAGAUAUUUCAACAAAACAUGCCUGACAAAAUGAAUGUAUCUGUAGAGUCUGGGGAAAUUUACCCAUCUAAGAUCAUUGGCGUCUCACUGCCCAUAUUCAGUGUUAACUUCACUCACAACCAUUGCGUCCUUGUAUUGUACGCGCAAGUAGAACUAUGCCCAGUCAAUAUUUUUUUGCUAUACUGCCCAGCAGUCAGUAGCGAAUUUCUUGCCUGCAGUUUGACCAAUCAAAGGCCUAGAAUUUUGAUACGCCGUAUUUAUACUGCUUUGUAUGAAGGGCAUGCAGUCAUUAUUCCAUGAUGUAAUACAUGCCUUAAAAUCAGGAAUAGAAUGUUAAUAUCAUGAUUAUAUCAGAAUCGUUCUGCAAAAUCACUUGUUGCUGCUUUGACCUUUGAACUUUGCAAGCUACACUGGGGUUCAUCUAUAGAUAAUUAGACCAAAAUAGACCUCUACAUAUAUACCUGUCUUUGUGAAGUUGGAGAAGUGUGAUGUUCCUUUUGCUGCAGAGAAGAAAUAAUGAAUUGGCCAGUCAUACAGCCCUAAUCUUUAUGAGAGGAGAAGUUGUAUACAAAUUUUUAACAAAGAAACCUUGUUUAUAGAGUCGAUAGUGUUGUUUAUAGAAUCAAGCAUCAACUUCAUAGAAUCAACGAGCAGAUAAGGUGUACCCAUGAGAUACAUGUUCAAGUAUAUUAUGUCUUAAAGAUUAUGAAAGAAAUAUCAGUGUACGUCACUGGCAUUGGUUCUUGUGCUUUUUAGUGAAUGUCAUUUUCAGUAUGUUUUUCUCUUCUUUAAUUUUCUGAUAUUUUACUAGUCCAUACAUUUCAUUUUGUGCAUGAUAAUCAAUUCAACAUGACCUGUAGCUAGGUCUUCUCCAAAUACAAUUCCAUGAUAUGAUCUCAAGGUUAGCUCUAAGAUUGCAAUUGUGUACCUGCUGGUUUUGGGAUACUGUGCUUUAAAAACAUAGAUUAUUUCUUUCACUUUUUGUUUUGUGUUAAUGUGUAAAGGUAUUAUGUGCGAUUUCUUUGUUUUCUCUAAGCAAACACCAAAUAUGUAUGUGCAUGUUUAUCUGAAUUAAUAUACCAGAGAAAGAGUAAUAUAUAUUUCAAAUUGCGGCCAGUUUUAUAGAUGUAGACAUCUAAUAUGCCUGUGAGAGAGAAUCAAAGAAGAAGAAGAUAUAUAUAUUAUAUAUUUGUUAUCAAGAUUUAUGAAUUCAAUGAAAGUCAUCAUGAAUAGAUUCUAAAUUUUGUCCUUAUCACCGUGACCACUUUUGUAGAGCCAGUUAUCAUCUGUUCGGAGCAAGAAGGACUGUCAUGCAGAGUCAGCACCCUUCUGGCUCCAAAAGGACUCUAUUAGAAUAGAUGUUCAAGAUACUGUACAUGUAUUUGAGCUUGAAACAGUUGAAUCCUAAUCCAGAAUGCCUAUUUGUAUUACCAGUACAUAUUCAAUGCAAACACCCAUGAAAUGCCAUUGGCCCUAUGGUUGAUACAUUUUAUUAGGUUUAGGGUAGGGAUUAGGGUCAGUUUAAGGGUAGCAUUACCUUUAAUAAGCCAAACAAUUAGAUCCAAAUGUUUCACUAUAUAGAAUUAAUUAUGUUGGCUUAAAGCUUAUCGAUCACCAAAUUGUAUUCUGCUCUGUAUGUUAGCAGUUUCAAGUUGUAAUGCUGUUUUCAAAAUAUGACUUUCAAUAUGACUUCUGUAAAAAGAUUUUACAAGUUUAAGUACACUCUCUUUUAACAUUAAUAAAAUGAAAUUGUGAGUAGAUCACUUGAUGUACCCGUACGCACUCGCAUAAUAAUUAUGGGGCCCGCACGGAACCCAUAUCUGACUUGGGUUCUAUGUUUGCGAUUUUAUGUUGUUCAUUAUUUUCUUCAUACUCCUUAUCCAUUAGCCCAUAUAAACCCGAGUGAAGUUUAUUGAGGUUGAUUUUAUCCAUUCUGGCUGCAUGUGAAUGUAGACCAAUUGUUUUGUGUUUUCUGUAAGGUGAUUGGUACACUUUAAGACCAAACGGUACACAGAACCAAUGUGUUUGCUGGUAAUCUUUAAAUUUCUCU